AUCCUUUUGGAUUGUUAUAGUGACAACAACGAAACGUCAGAAGCCAUAACAAUCCAGCUGCUGGCAAAACUUGAGAUGUCCGGCUUAGAGGUGAAAAACAUGUCUGCAUCUGCAGCAGACAAUGCCAGUGUCAAUUAUGGCAAACAUAACAGUAUGUAUCAGAAGCUGAAACUGAGCCAAAAAGAUGUGCUCCCUGCAAACUGUUUGGCCCAUAUUCUGCAUAACACAACCAGAUAUGCAGCAAGCAGCCUUGAUGUGGAAAAUGCUGUGCUGAAGAUUUAUAGCCAUUUCAGCAUAUCAGCAAGCAGAACAGCACGAUUGAAGGAAUUCUGUGAGUUUGUGGAGGUGGGGGAAUGCAACCUGCUGCGGCAUGUUGUCACCAGGUGGUUGUCCCUGCUGCCAUCCAUUGACAGAAUCCUGAAAUAUUGGAAGGCCCUGACCAGCUACUUCCAAAAUGAGGGUGAGGGGGACUGUGCCAGAAUUGUGUGGAGAUGUUUUGGAGAUGAAAGAAAUGAGAUGUCAGAGACAUAUUUCCUGUUUCUCAGCCAUGUUCUAAAGGUGUUUUCCGACACGAUCGAAGCACUUGAGGCAAAAUCCUUCAGCAUUACAUCGGUGUUUAGGGCAAUGACUGAACUAAAACAAAAGCUGGAAAGAAGGAUGAAGGACAGGUUCUUUGGGUUUGCUGUCAACACCAAACUGAAGCAGCUGCCCCCUCACCAGUCAAAAAAAUGUGAGGCUGAUUUUAUGCUUUUUUAUGAAAGAGCAAAGAAAUACAUGAGUGAAAGAUAUGACUUCUGUGAAUCAAGCUUUCAUAGCAAAGUAGCCAAGCUUGGCCUCACAACUGCUGUGCCAUUUGAAGACCACAGUGCUGCUGUCCAGGCCUGCAAUCCGGACAUUGAUAUGGAUGGACUGUACGAGGAAUAUCCCAUGGUGGAAGGUUCCUUCAGUUCACCAGAACUGGAAGGUUGCCACAGUGAGGAACGAUAUUUGAAACUGUUUUCCAAAGCAGAUGUACCAUCUGUGAAUCUCAGGAAGGUCAGCGCCUACAUUUUUUCCAUCCCAUUCAGCAAUGCACACACAGAACGUGUCUUUUAAAUGAUGACAACUGCAUGGUGAAUCGUCUGGAUGUGGACAGCGUCAAGGCUGAGCUGCAAGUGUGUGUCAAUUUCACUCAACCCUGCACAGAGAUGUACAAGAAGUUCACCCGAAACAAAAAAACUCUUGGAUGCAGCCAGGAAAGAACAGAAGUACGUAGUUCAGAUAGACAAUCAACUAUUUUGUCUCUGCAGGAUAUAAAAGGCCCAGGCGCAGUGCGGGCUUGGAAGCCAUGAUGACAGAGGGGCUGUUGAUCCUGAGCUGCUACAGAGGGUGAAAGUGGAGUUUGCUUAAAGACAGGUCUGCUGCGCGCACACACAGACACUGAAGACAAGUCCCCAAAAGACAGAAGCAAUUUAGAAAUGCUAUGCUUUUUGAGCAGUUGAAUGUUUUCUUGUUUGUUUGUUUGUUACAAUCUCCUUUGUUGUUUAUAUAGAAGGUUAUUCAGGCUUUUUUAAAAAGCUUUUUUUUUUUAAAUUAUAUAUGUUACCUGUUAAAUGUUGUUUACAUUUAAGUCCACACAUGUUAUGCUUUGUGGCACUCUGCACUUGAAAAGAUUCAUCUUAGUGGUCACUUUUUGA